GUAAGGCUAUGUGAAGGAUUUACCCAGGACCAAGGUUGAUGCAGCCGCAGAGUCUUUCUAAGGCGGCGUUUUUUUCCAGAACUCGUGAGCAUGAUAAAUCGUGCUAAUAAAGUGACCAUGUCAGAUGAAAUCUCCCCACUGAUGCUCGACAGAAAACACCAAGAAAGGCCUUCUGUCACUUCUUCUCCCCCGGAUGGACAGCUCUUAAUGAAUCCUCAGCAUGCGAGGGAUGGCUCUUCAUUUGGCGGUAUUUGUGGUGCGAACUCACAUCCGGAGAGCUGUGAAGCUGGAAUCCUUUAUGUUUACCCUCAGACACCAAACUGGUCUCUAGUGGAGAAGUUUGCUGAGCUUUCACCGUCAACAGCAUUCAAAGAUGAUAUCGACAGCAGCAGUCGGGGAUUGCCACAAUGCACUAAACAUAUUGAGAACAAUAAAGUACGCGGAGCUAACGAGGCGGUCUUGGAUGCUGCGCAAAAAAAAGAAAGUAACUGCCUCGAGAGCCAUACGACACAAAGUAAUGCCUCACUCAAACAGAGGGCAUCCAAACUCAAGGAGCUCAAUGUUGAGGAUGGUUCUCCGGGUGGUGUGGGGAACAAUGCCAAAAAGGAGGACGUACACCGUCUUUUUGUCAAAAAAUUACUUAAAAAGCGCCAAGAUGACAAAAUCCCUCGACUGUUGGUCGCGAUGAAAAAACGCAAUGAAGUUGACAAAGAGCACCGGCCCUUCAAGUGCACCCACUGCAACUGGGCUUUUAAGAAGUUCUGCAAUCUGCAAAGUCACUUGCAAACGCACACUGGCCUCAAGCCACAUGUGUGCGACAUAUGUGGCAAGGCUUACUCCCAUCAGGGCACGCUGCAGCAGCACAAACGCCUCCACACGGGAGAAAGACCAUACCACUGCCCCUUCUGCGUCAAGACCUACAUCUGGUCCUCGGAUUACCGCAAGCAUAUCCGCACACACACAGGUGAAAAGCCCUACGCAUGUGACACCUGUGGGAAGGAUUUCAUUCGUUCCUCUGACCUGCGGAAGCAUGAGCGGAACAUGCACACCAAUGACAAGCCCUUCCCAUGCACGCACUGCGGCAAGACCUUCAAUAAGCCCCUCUCCCUGAAGCGCCACGAGAGGAAGCACCUGGGAGAGAGGCCUUUCUCCUGCCCCGACUGCGGCAAAACCUUCGCUCUGGCCAGUCGGAUGGCAGAGCACCAGAAGGUCCACGCGGGGGUUCGUCCGUACGUCUGCCCGGUGUGCUCCAAGUGCUUCACCAAGUCGUCCAACUUGACCGAGCACGAGGCCAUUCACAGCGGCGCGCGGCCCCACAAGUGCGCAGAGUGCGGCGUGGCGUUCGCCAUGGCAUCUCGCCUCGUGCGUCACCAGUACGUCCACAGUAAGGAGAAACCCCACAACUGCACGGGCUGCAGCAAGAACUUUAGUCACCCGGCCACAUUGAAGCUCCACCAGGAGCAAACGUGUGCUGGAAGGAUCUUUGUCUGCGUGGAGUGUGACAAGUCCUUCCAGUGUGCCACGAAGCUCGCUCAGCACGUGCUGAACCACGGGGACACCAGUGCCUGAGUCCGUUUAAAGACAAGUACACUACUCACCAACUGGAGCCAUUCAACGGGACAGGGCACCCGUUUUAUUUAUGUCAUGGUAUGCUUUGUGAGUUGGUUACUCACACACACUCUGACCCCGUGGUGCUGGGUUCCCAUGGGAGCGUCCAGACAUGAAAAUUGCCACCAGCAUGGACACUUGAGCUGACGGAACGGUGUGACAUACAGGGAUAUCAGACCCUUUGUACAGUGAGCAUAUCAAUGUCAAUAGUUAUUAAUAAGUAGUUCAAACUAAUCUCCCAACAUUUCCCCUUUGGAUGUAGGAAAUGCAGGAAGUGUGAUGUGAUGAACGGUACCUGUGCCAUGGUAGCAUGCCUGUGUCACUCUGAAGCGUGUUGCUGAGGUGGGACAUGCUGACUAAAUUCAAGUUGGUGUGUGACUGCGUAUUGCAUUUCACUCCCUCGUGUGGAUAUUAUGGACACACAGAGAUUCAUAUACCAUAUUCAAUGUUCUCGACAUCAGUCUGGCGAGUGGCUCUUCUGUGCAGUCUGUUCAACAUAUCGUCACGGUAUUUUGGAUUGAUUAGUUGGUUAGUGUGCACGUAGUGCCAGUAUAAAGCAAUGGAUCAUAUCGCCGUGCACAACAUGUUGGUCUUUUAACCGUGAGCAUGUAGGCACUCUACCCCGGGUGGAUAAAAGGGAAACAACAUUUCACACCUGAUUAAGUUAUGUGGAAAGAUUCAUCUUAAUGAGUUUUAUUAACCAAAUAGUAAUUUCAAAAUAAUGUCAUUAACUUUUUUUUAAUAUAAAUAAUAAUGUUGCCCUCUGGAAGUUGACGAAUUUAUGCAACAAUAAAGUUGACACACAUUGGAAAAGG